AUGGAGCCCCUGGAUGUGGAGAGCCGACACGCCUCUAGUCGAUCAAACCAGGCCUGCACUUGCGCGAAGAAGCCCGGGCGAAAUAACACAAAGUACAGGAUCAAGCUGAUUGCAGGUUUGGUGCUGCCGUAUUUCUUAGCAUCAUUGGACUUGACCGUUGUCGCGACAGCAUUGCCUUUUAUCGCGUCCCAUUUCGACAAGUUCGACCAGCUCAACUGGAUAGUCACUGCCUACACCCUCACGUCAACAGCGUUCAUCCCCUUCUAUGGCCAGUUUGCGGAUGUCUUUGGUCGGCACAUUUCGUUACAGGUGGCCAUAUUCUUUACAGUAAUUGGCAGUGUUCUCUGCGCCGCUGCUCAGUCCUGGGGCAUGCUCUUGCUUGGCCGCGCGUUGCAGGGGCUGUCCUCGGCUGGCUUGAAUAGCAUCAUUCUUGUCAUCUUGGCUGAUAAGGUCACGCUGGAAGAGAACGCAAAGAACAACACUCUCUUCACCAUCGUUUCCGGAAGCACGUAUGCUAUAGGUCCACUGAUUGGCGGAUACGUCUUUGUAAUUGCCAUCCCAAUUGCUGUAGCGUCCCAUGUCCUUCUCUUCUUCAUUCUGCGGAAUGAGCUGCUAGAAGGCACCCACUUCCACAAGGGCUCUAAGUGGUCUGCCAUCUUCCCGGCAUUGGCAACUCUUGAUAUCGGUGGCGUCAUUCUAUUCAUUUUCGCCGUUGGCCUAAUUAUUCUCGGCACUUCCUGGGGUGGAAGCACUUUCCCUUGGGACUCCGUACAGGUUCUAGUGCCCAUCAUCCUUGGGAGCGCUCUGCUGCCCGUCUUCGUUCUCUACGAAUUCCUUUUGGGAGAUGGUAGGAUACUAGCACGGCUGUUUCCACACCAGUCACCUAUGCUGCCUUUGGAUCUCUUCUCUCGAAAAGACACAUUAGUCAUAGCCGUCAUUCAGUUCUCUGCUGGAGCUGCCAUGUAUGCUGUGUUUUAUUUCGUGGGAAUCUACUUCACACUAGUCGAGGGCAAACCUGCCUCCAGUGCAGGUAUUCAGUUGCUAUACUACAUUCCAGGGAUCGCAGCUGGCGUUUAUUCAGCAAUGUACUUGUGUAACCGAUGGCCAGGCCAAACGUUUUGGCCGCUCCUCCUUGGCUCCGUCGAAGAAGCCGCCGGGCUCGGCGCCUUGACCUGGGCCGUUUCGGCGAGCCGACCCAAUAUUGUCUCCGGCAUGAUGGUCUUAACAGGCGCCGGUACGGGUUCACGCUUUAUGCCUGCUUCUCUGCAUGUCGCUGGAGUGUGGCCUGAGCGAUUGGCACCAGCCAUGUCACUGAUGCGUUUUGCAAUGCCCUUUGGAGGCACUCUAGGGUUGACAAUCAUGAACGCCGUGUUCAACUCCAAGUUCGCUUCAGCCACUUCCUCUCUUUCCCUACCCUCUGGUAGCGGAAAUAUCGGGAACAUCAUUGCUCAGGACAGCCAGUCGCUGGACGCGAUUACAAAACUACCCAGCGCCUUGCAGGCCGCUGUGAGGGAAGCAGGCCGCAGGGGAGUUGAAUGGGCCUUUAUUUCCAUUCUGCCGAUACUCGGGCUCAGUGUUUUUGCUUGCUUCGUUCUUGGCAAUGUUUGGAUCAAGCACCAGGUCAAGAAGGGUGAAGUUGCUAGCUCUACAUCUUCUGGUCAAGGCGAAAAGCAAGAUACUAGAGCCAGCGCGGUGGUCCAUGUCCCGUACCUCUAUGCUUUGCUAAAGGUAACUAUUCUCGCCCAAGCUCCACUGUACCAUGGAGUCGAUCGCUACAAGCACGUGUCAACAAGCCUACCAGCCACGGAAGCACAUGCCAGCGCCGGCGGCGUGUAA